CCUCCCCGCCGCCGCCGCCGCUCCCGGCCCGGCCCGGCUCGGCCCUCACAGCGCGGCGAGAUGGCGGCCUGCGCCGGCCUCAACAUCCAGAUGCUGCUGGAGGCGGCCGAGUACCUGGAGCGGCGGGAGCGAGAAGCCGAGCACGGUUACGCCUCGCUGCUGCCCGGCGGUAAGGACGGAGAGGCCUUGCGGCGCCGCGCCAAGGCCAGAAAGAGCGGCGGCAGCAGCAGGUCGACACACAACGAGAUGGAAAAGAACCGGCGUGCCCACCUGCGGUUGUGUUUGGAGAAGCUGAAAGGGCUGGUGCCGCUCGGACCCGAGGCCAGCAGACACACCACCCUGAGUUUACUAACGAGAGCUAAGUUGCACAUCAAGAAGCUUGAAGACUAUGACAGGAAAGCCGUACACCAAAUAGACCAGCUGCAGCGGGAGCAGCGGCACCUGAAGAGGCAGCUGGAGAAGCUGGGGAUAGAGAGGAUAAGGAUGGACAGUAUCGGAUCCACCGUUUCUUCGGAGCGCUCCGACUCGGACAGAGAAGAGAUCGACGUGGACGUGGAGAGCACGGACGACCUUCCUGCGGACCUCGACUGGAGCAGCAGCAGCAGCCCGAGCGACUCGGACGAAAGAGGGAGCCUGCAGAGCGUCUGCAGCGACGAGGGCUACUCCAGCUCCGGCGUGAAGAGGUUGAAGCUGCAGAGCAGUCGCAAGCCGCCUCUCGGGCUAUAAGAAGCAACUCCCGUCGCUGUUUCACCCGUCGCUCUUUCCCUUUUGGAUCUCGUUAGGUAGCACACCGGACCGUCCCGCCGUUCUCUUGCACGUUAAAAAAAAAAAAAAAAUCUUCACCUACCGCCGACCGAAACGAAGCCGAGCUUCGCUGAAGGCCCAGAACACCCCGCAGGGCUGCGGGUGGCACGCUGCUCCCCGGCGUGCACCUCCGCUCGCAGCCGCCGGCUUCUCUUCCCAUCUGGAAACUCCUCUGCGAGACCACACGUGCCAGCCACAUUUUGAAGCGCCCGGGAAUAUCGCAGCAGUAACAGCAACCUCAAAAGCUCUCCCCGGGGCUUUCUGCCUUGCUGUCGCUGCGCGGUAUUCCGGAGCUACCCCGCACGUGCCCAGCGACAUCGCGUACCCGAUAAUCGGCGGCGGGGCCAAAACGUGGAGUUUUUGGGUGAGGAUCUGAAGGCAGAGCCGGACUUUUGCACAGUUUAGAUCCGGGAGAGAGCGGAGGCAAGUCAGCGAUGGGUGCACGGAGCGUUUCGGCUGCGUCCCGUCUCGGGCGGGCGCGGGGCUUCCACCACCAGCCGCCGGCGCGUUCGUCGGGAGAGCUCCUCCCCGCUGUCUUCCCGGAGCUGGAGCGUGGCGCAGGCCGCUCGGGGGGCCUGCGGGGCUCGGCAGUCAUCGUCCCCCCUCCUGCAGAGCCUCAGGUCAGAUGCCUUCGGUCUGGGAAGUUUUCUGUCCUACCUAAAACCAAACGGUCCUCGUCCCCGUCCCACGCGACGGUCCCACCGCCCGCGUCGUGGCCGCACAUCGCUGUUCUAGGCAAGCGCUCCUGGAAUUUCCUUUUCACGCUUCUUGUCUCGGGGACAAUUUUUUUUCUACCUCGGAGAGAUGAACAAAGAUUAUCUCCAUCCCUUUAGCACAAAAAACAAACAAAGAUGAUGCCUCAUCUGUUUUACAGAAGCGAUGCUCGGCCCCGUUCCAAUCCGUCGCGCGACAGUUUAGCAAUAACCCGAUGGUGAGGGGGAGGGGGCAGCCUCCGGCCGUCGGCGCCCAAGACCCCACUGAGACCCCGCCGGCGCGUCCGAAGCACUUCUGGGGCCGGUGGGGAUCUUUUCGGGCACUCAGAGGGGCUCACGGAGGAUUUUGGUCGCCGCCUUAGGGAGACAAACCCGAACGUGCCAAGAAAGGGCCAGAGCCCUUCCCACCGCCCCGACGGCGGGGGGGGUCCCGGCCUGAGAGCACAUGGAAAUGUACAGAAAACACACAAGCUAUAAAUAGUAUUUAUUCAUUUUUCUAUGAAACCGAUGUCCUGGAGAUAACAUUCUUACAACUUUCUGCUUUUAUAAAUGUUCUGGAAACUUUGAUACGUAGAGGUCCGCUAACAGAGACGUUUCUUUUCCCCUUGAGCCAGGCCAAGAUCUUUUCUGCCCCCUCGGCAAACCUCUCGCUCGAUUCCCCCACCCCGACCAGCCCCGGGCACCCAGCGAGGAGCCACUUCGCUCUCCAAGGGCUUUUCUUAGUGGUGGGAGACCAAACGGGGCAUCCCCACAGUCUGGACAAAUCCCUUCAAGAAACACGGUCACCAAGACUUUGCUACUGCAAAGCGCGAGUGAAUGAACAAUAUAAAACUCAAUUUCUUUUUUUUCUUUCUUUUUUUCUUUUUUUUUUUUAACAUCCUAAAUCUAUUUUUGGGUCGUUUAAAGUCUUUGAGAAGCAAGAGGAUGGGAGACGGGGCUAGCAGAUUACUGAAAUCUCCGAAGUCUCUGCUCUUUUUUGGGGCAUGCUGGGUUUUAAAAGUGAGAAAAAAACAACCACGAGGGAUUUUUUUUUUUUUUUUUUUUUUUAAAGCAGCCAGAAUUUUCUGAUGUCCAGCAGAUUUGCACCGACCCGCGGCUCGGAUGCCUUUAGCAUCUGUACACCAGAGUCCUGGCAGCCAGCCUUCGGUGCGCAAGCUCAAAACCCCUACGCUAUAAGAAAGAGG